UUGAAAGAAUUUUAAGUUUUCGACCAAGCGAGGAUAAAAAUUUUGAAAAUAGUUCUAAUGAAAAUAGUUUAGAAAAUAUAGAUUUAAAAAUGACUACAUCAGGUACGAACUACCAAUUACUUAAAUUAUAUUUAGAUUCAAUUCCAAAUUUUGAUGGAAACCCUCAUACGCUUAAUAUAUUCAUUGGUAAUUGUGAAAGUUUUAUUUCUGCGUUUGCUAGUAAUUCAGAUAAUGCGUUAAACACAUUUUUAUAUAGAGCUAUUAUUGGAAAAUUAACAGGUAGAGCUCAAAUAUUAAUUGGUUCGCGCACAGAAUUAAAAACAUGGGAUGAAAUCAAACAAGCUUUAAAUUUAAGUUUUGGGGAUCAACGAGACAUUGACUGUUUAGUUCAAGAUCUCAUUAACCUAAAACCAUUUAAGAAUGAAACCCCUUAUAAUUUUGGUAUGCGAUGCCAAGAUUCUAGGAGCCUCAUUAUUUCUAAAUUAAACACUUUACAUUUUGACCCAAGUGAAAAACCCUUACAUCUUAGGAACUACGAUAAUUUAGCUUUAAAAACUUUUGUUCGUGGUUUACCUUUACCGAUACAAACUAACAUACGUUUACGAUCACCUGACAGUCUAGAAAAGGCAAUGAGCUUAGUUGUAGAAGAAGAAAACUUUUUGUACUCUACCCAAAGAUCAAGUAAUUUGAAUUCAAAUGUGUCAUUCAAACCUAGUUUGAGAGUUACACCUACUAGAACACAAAAUAUCAACCUUUAUCCCACAAAUCAUAACAAUGUACAACCAUUUCAACCACCCCGUCCAAUAAUUCCACCUAAUUUAAUAACUAAUCCUCCAGCAUCAUACCCAUCAAGGUAUACACAACAUUCUCCUACAAAUCCGUCUUACAGUAAUUGGCGUCCAAAUAACAAUUAUCCAACUCAACGUCAUCCAUUUUUCACAAACCAAAACUACAACCCGAUACAAAGACCCUCACAAUCACCACAGAAUUUCAAUCAACCUCAAAAUAUUCGUCCUAAUAAUCCGCAAUAUAAUCGGCCAAAUAAUUCACAAGCUUUCAAACCAGAACCAAUGGAUAUCUCUUCAGGAAAUACUGUACUUAAAUCCCAUUCGACACCCAAAUUCACAUCUGCAGAACUUUUUAAUCAAUCUGUAGAUAAUUCUGAUUCUCAUGAUCAAUUUUAUUCGGAAAAUCCAAAUUAUUAUGAAAAUAUCGACGACGCUGAUAUAAACAAUUAUUAUACACAGGAAACAGAACAUUCUUAUGUAGAUAAUCCGACGAAUUCUAAAGAUUUUUACACAGAUUACCGCAAACUAAAUGAAAAGACCAUUCAAAACCGUUAUCCAAUCCCAAGAAUAAGUGAGAUUAUGGACAGACUAGGAAGAGCUAACUAUUUUACAUCCCUGGAUUUAGCUAGUGGCUUCCACCAAAUCGAAGUUGACCCCGAAGACGUACCCAAAACUGCCUUUAGUAACCCACAAGGUCACUUUCAAUUCCAGAGAAUGCCUUUUGGACUCAAGAAUGCCCCAUCCACGUUUCAAAGCGUAAUGGACAAUGUAUUACGAGGACUUACUGACGAAACCUGUAUUGUUUACCUUGACGACAUCCUAAUUUACAGUACUUCUCUUCAAGAACACAUACAAAGAGUUAAACAAGUAUUUGACAGACUGAGAAAAUUUAACUUAAAGAUACAACUUGACAAAUCCGAAUUCCUUCAAAAAUCAAUAGUAUACUUAGGUCAUAUAAUUACCCCCGAAGGUGUAAAACCUAAUCCUGAGAAAAUUUCUGUAAUCAAAAACUUUCCGAUUCCCAAAACCCAAACCGAAAUCAAAAGUUUCCUUGGACUUCUUGGAUAUUACCGCCGUUUCAUACCAAAUUUUGCCAAACUGACCAAACUCAUGACUAAAUGCUUGAAAAAAGGAAUGCGAAUAAUUCAUGAUAAGGAAUUCAUAGACUCUUUUCAAAAUUGCAAAGAAAUUUUAACAAACGAUCCUAUAUUACAAUAUCCAGACUUUUCCAAACCAAUGAUUCUAACAACCGAUAGUAGUAACUAUUCCCUUGGAGCAGUAUUAUCACAAGGUACCGUUCCAAAUGACAAACCUAUAGCUCACGCCUCACGAACCCUGAACGAUUCAGAAAUCAAUUACUCUACGAUUGAAAAGGAAUUACUUGCAAUCGUAUGGGCUUGCAAACACUUUCGACCCUAUUUGUACGGACGACAAUUACACAUAUAUACUGACCACAAAGCCCUAACCUGGCUUUUCAAGUUAAAAGAACCCAACUCAAAAUUAGUGAGAUGGCGUUUGAAAUUAGAAGAAUACGACUAUAAAAUAUUUUACAAAUGCGGAUCUUCAAAUGUUGUGUCUGACUGUCUAAAUAGAAUACAAAUUAACGCUUUAGAAACUGAUUCAAUUAUUAAUAACCCCGGUGACACGAAUGACGAAAUUUUAGAAUUCUUACGAGAGUUCGAAAACUCUUUAGAACAAGAAAACAAUUCUAUCAAUCAAUCAAAUCAAUCAAAAGUAAAUAUUAUCUCAGAUGUACAAAUACCGCUAAAAAUACCACUAAUAUAGCUCCAAAUUUACGAGACGAACUCAAUACACCUGAACCUAACUGGACGAAACCUUCUACCCCUAAAUUCAAUUCCUCAACUAUUCAUUCAGCUUUUGAAACCACUAACCAAGGAAUUCCUAUAUUAGAUGAAAUUAUUAAUAACAAAGUUUACCAAAUUUUAGUAUAUCCAAAUUUAUAUCAAAAACUAGACAUCUCUCACGAUACAUACGAAAAUCACAAGAUUACGAAAGUUAAAAUUCCAGAAAAUGACAACGAACGUUUUAUAUUCGAAUUUUUAGUAGAAAACACAGAUCUUAACAACACAUUCUAUCUCUAUUUUAACAAAGACAACAUGUAUCAUGAUUUUAAUAGAGUUUAUUUGAAACAUUUCUCUUCAAAUCAACCAAGACUUAUCAAAUGCACUAAAAUAGUUAAUACGGUAUCAGAUAAAGAAGAACAGAUCCUUUUACUCAGAAAUUAUCACGAAAGCAAAACCACACACAGAGGAAUUCAAGAAACCUUCGAAAAAUUAAAAAUAAAUUACUAUUGGAAAAAUAUGAAAAAAUCGAUUACUAAUUACAUUAAUUCUUGCGAAAUUCGUCAGAAAAAUAAAUAUGCUAGAGAAAAGCCUUAUGUUCCGCUAAUGUUAACCGAAACUGCAUCAAAACCAUUUCAAAUUAUACACGUCGACGUUUUUGUUUACAACGGAAAAUCUUAUCUAACCUUAACAGAUGCAUUCACAAAAUUCGCACAAGCAAUGCACAUUGCUUCUAAAACAGCUGUUAUUAUAAGUAAAACUCUAAUAAAAUAUUUUACAUCAUUCGGAGUACCACAAUUAAUUGUUUUAGAUAAAGGUGCAGAAUUCCAUAACGAUACUAUUAAAGAACUUUUGGCAUUACACAAAAUUAAAAUAUAUUCACCACAACUGGUCAUCAUGAAUCCAACUCCAUAGCUGAAAGAGUUCAUUCAACCUUGAUUGAACAUCUUAGAAUACUACGAGAACUUUACCCCGACGAAGAUGAUUUAAUGGAUUACGCAAUAAUAGGUGUUCCCACUUGGAUACGAGUUAGUAUCAAGUAGAGCGCAAACCGAGUCCUGUCUCCAAGUAAACGUGGUUAUUGAGAGUUAAAAUGGCGGAAACUAAAUUUUCGGCGGAACAGAUGGAACAAUUUAUUGAUAUUUAUCGAUCUUUUGAUUGUUUAUGGGAUGUGAAGUGUAAAGAAUACCGUGACAUUAACAAAAGAAAUAACGCCUAUGAAGCAAUGGCGGAUAUUAUGAACAUUACCAUAGAACAAGUGAAGAAAAAAAUAAAUAACAUUCGUUCCACGUACCUUCAGGAAAAGAAAAAAGUCGAUAUAUCAAAAUCUACAGGGUCUGGUACGGAGGAUAUUUACACACCAAAUUUAUCUUGGUUUGGUAGUAUGACUUUUUUGGAUGAUGUCACUACGCAGAGAAAGACAAAUUCCACGCCAUCAGUUGUAAAAUGCACAAAUUGGUUUUCUAAAUAUUCGAAAACGUGAUGUCAAAAUACCAAAGGCAUUUUCUACUACUCUACGUGCACGACAGAGUCGGUAAUUAAAAACUUUCUGUUUUGCAUUAAGAGGCCUGUUCCUUGGAAAUGGUUUUAGAAGAUUCUUUGAAAGAGCAAAUGCCUCAUCCCCUAGCAUAACAUACGGUACUGGCUUAAUGCGAUUUGGUGAAAAAAUCAACAAAUAAAGAACACAAUACAAAAAUCACACAAGAAACUCCCCGAAGUACCAAUUCGGAAUCACAGUGUGGUAAACGAGCUCGUCGCCAAGAAACAAAUGUAGAUAGAGGGUUAGAAGAUGCCGUAAAUAGUCUAAGUGCAAUAUGUAAGGAAGAUUCGACGGAAUUUGAUAAGUUUGGAGAGAGCGUCGCGGCACAGCUUAAAGAAAUGCCUUUAGAAGAUGCGUUGCAACUACAAUUGGACAUUCAGCAGCUCAUCACACAUAGAAGAUUAAAGAUAUUGAAUCAGCGCAAAAUAUCCAGUAAAAAUAUACCGACACCUUCUUCCAGUCAUUCUUCUCAGUCAACCUAUUCAGCAUCACUUGACAACGUCACAUAUCGUGGGAGUAACGCAAUUUUUGAAGCAAUGGAAAGUGCCAGAAUUACGGAAGACUAUUUAUCCAUCUAAUGAUUUUUGUAAAUUAAAAGAUGUUAGAAAUUAAGAAUUAAUAUGAAAAAAAAGUUGUGAAAAAUGUUUGGUUAUAAUAAAUAUAUAAAAUAAGUGCAACCUUUUAUUAAAUACCACAGACCACACCAGACACGCAACUCAAUAAUCUGGAAGUGGCAGACGAGAGAAACAGUUGUUGUUCUUCUCUCUCAUCGCGAUAUAAAACGUACCUAGGUGGCGCUCUUGGCCGACGAAUAGCGGGAUUUUUAAUUUUGAAUUAAAAUUUAAUUUAAAAUGUUUUUAAACAUGUAGAAAAAUAA